UUAGAUAGUGCCAUACAUACAUAUUAAUUAGAACCAAUGGCUCAACUUUAUCCACUUUCCACCAAGGGAAAAUUAAUCUUUUUCUACAAUGUUACAUCCUUUACCUUGUGGUUAUGCUGUUUAGGUAGAUUACUUAUCUUACUUCCCCUUGUUGGUAGAUCAUUCGUCCCAGGUGGGAUUGCUGAUUUCUUUCAUGUGGUUUCAUUAUUACCAAUCAUAAGUCUUCUAAUCAUACCUACAUGGUCCCGUGAGCGGUUAUGGAGUGUUUUAAAUUGUCUUAGGAUGGCUUGGAUAUGUUAUGGUGUUAUCUUUCCAUAUCCAAGAAUUGCAAAACAUACUUCAUACUCAUUUUUAAUAAUUUCAUGGUGUAUUACGAACAUUAUUAACUCUGGAUACUAUAGUUUCAGGGUUAAAACCCGUACAUCCCCACAAUGGCUUUUUUGGCUCAAACAUCAUAUUUUCUUCAUAACUUUCCCAAUGUCAUUAGUUUCUGAAAUGAUUCUUAUAUUCUUAAGUUUGGGGUUCGUUGACGAUGAUCUGAUAUACGAAUUAAUUUUAAAGGGAGCUUUCUUAUUAUACAUCCCUGUGGCGUAUUUCUAUUGGGGACACUUAAAAUCUACUAGGGUUAUAAAAUACAAACAAGUUAUUGCUAAAAGAGUACAAGGAAGAACUGCUUCAACUAACAUAUAAAUAAAUAUCACGAAUAUAUAGAUAUAUAGAUAUUUUGGU